UAUCACUUCAGAUCACUCACAACGCUUUCCAAGAUGGCACAAGAAGCCGGCCUUCCCAUAACAAACACCCUCUUCCCCCCACCACCCCCCUACUUCCAGGCAUUUGCCGAAGAGGCCCUGGAUAGGUAUCGCGCCCUCACCGGCGACUCGUCUUUCCUCGCACCCACCGCUUCCACAUCUACUGCGGAGCAGGGAAGUGGUAUUGCAAAGGAUGACAAUGGGGAUUUACAAGUAGACUCUGUGCCUGUGGAGCGAAUGCUGGACGAGAGCGAGGAAAAUGAGAAGCGGGAGCUCGAGGGAAAGCUGGGCAGACCAAGAGCGGACUGGAUCAAUGAAGACGGAAGAUGGAUGUGCUUUGGGUCAAUGUACACAACUGUACCGAAGAUUCCGACAGCAGAAGAUAUCGGUCUUCCACCAUUCAUCGACCCUUCCGAGUCUCCGUCCAAAUCGCUUCCUCCUCUCUUGCAUUCUUUCCUGCACACACUCUUGAUGCUGCUUGAUGCUUUGUCAAUGACUGCGCGUACCCCCGAUGAACUAUCAGCUAGCGGAUGGGCGCACGAAGGCGAUCAGUACAUACAACAUUUGACGAAUUUGACAGCCAACAUGAUGGUAGCUAGUAAUCAGCUACGUGCCGCGCAAAGUGAGGCCACACUAGUGCUUUUGAUGGAGAAGGAGCUGGAGGAGAGGAAAAACCAGACGGAACGUUUGCGCUCGAAAUGCAAGGAGAUUGCCGGUGGAAUCAAAGCUUUGAAGGAGCUUCGCGGGGCCAAAGACGUUUGAUUUGCCCAAGUGUCAGAUGAGCUCUUUUGCGCGGCAGCCCGACCUGUCACCCUCCGGUAUCGACUAUACAUACGAGCAUGCCUAGCCAACUCUACAUCUGCUGCCAAGCUCCAGAGGUACUCAAGAGGCAGUAAUAUAUGCCUGACGGGUCGUCGACCGGUUCUCAGUAUCGCUAGUACGAUACAAGUACCUCGACGUCCGUCGUCGACUCGUCAUCAUCUGUCGGCGGAUAUAUGCAUCAAUCUGUAUCGCUGAUCGCUGUUUCGUUACCAGCUGUCAAUUUGCAGUCGC